AUAUAAUUAAACUUUGGUUCAACUUUAAUGUACAUUCAGGGAUAUAUGUGGAUAAAGAAACGGUGAUCCACCUCACUAGAGGAGAAGGCUUUUCUAAAACAUCCACUCCGUCUACAGAGUAUAAUCCCCGUCAUAUGAACGGGAUCCACCACCUCACUCGAGGAGGACAAGGAGGAGGCCCUAGAAGACCUGGUCAGAUAAUUCAGCGCAAUCAGGGAGGAGUAGGCUCCCAAACAUCCAGAGCUUCGUCUCAAGCACACCUUAAUCCAGGUGGUGGUCAAACAAUUAGUCUUGGUGUUGAUGAUCGAUCAAAACGUGACCGUGUGGAGAUUUGCUCCAUUGAUGAUUUUCUUGACAAUGGGGAACUCUAUCUGUAUGAUUAUGGUGUUGAUCUAGCAUUCUUUAUAGCCAAAAGCAGAGGAGGUACAUGUACCCUUGCCUAUUCGGAUCCACCUGCACUUGUCAGGAACCGUGCGCAUUUCCUUUGCAAUAAUUUUUGCUUUGGUGCCUACAACCUCUUCUACAACAACUGUGAAGACUUUGCAAUCUACUGCAAAACAGGGUUGAUUGUGCCAAGGAUCAUUACCAUCGGUCGCAGCGGCCAAACAACAGCCUGUGCUGCUUUGAUUUGUGCUCUCAUUUCCAUUCCAUAUUCAUUGCUGACAGGUAGUAAUUUUGUUGGUGUGUCAGUUGUUGGUUAUGUCCUUUAUUCAAUCUGGAGGUUGUUUUCUGAUACAGGAUAUCGUACCGAUGCUCGUAAAGUUCCAUUUGAGGGAUUAGCCGCAUUUCAGACAUUUAUUGCUUUCAUGUACCGACAGCUUUUGUUUACGUUGAUACCCAAGUUUCUUUGUUACGCUAUUUUGAUUCGCACAUUUUGGUUUCCAGAAGCCACAUGGACUAUUCAGAGCCAAAAUUCUCUACUAAACUGGAUUAUAACCGUUGCUUUUCUUUGGGCGGCAUUCUUUUGAUUUCAUGAAAUUAUAAUCUCCGAUUUCAAAUUAGUUAAUAGUGGUACUCGUAGCGACAAAU